AUGGAGAAGCGAUGGCAGUGUGGGGACUGCGGGAAGGGAUUUCGUUCCCCGUCGGAGCUGGAAAUCCACCGGCGGGUCCACACUGGGGAGAGGCCGUUCACUUGCUCGGCAUGUGGGAAGGGCUUCAUUCAGUUAUCGAGCCUCCUCACGCACCGGCGCAUCCACACCGGGGAGAGGCCGUUCGCCUGCCCGGUGUGUGGCAAAGCGUUCACGCAGUCGGGCCACCUGCUGAAGCACCGGCGGGUCCAUGGUGAGGAGAAACCGUUCGCCUGCUCCGACUGCGGGAAAGGAUUCGCCCGGCUGCCCAGCCUGCAGGCUCACCGACGCGCCCACACCGGGGAGAGGCCGUUCGCCUGCACCGAGUGCGGAGUGGAGUUCGCCCGGCUGCCCAGCCUGCAGGCUCACCAGCGGGUCCACGCCAGGGACAGGCCGUUCGCUUGCCCGGAGUGCGGGAAGGGCUUCCGCGCCCAGUUCUACCUGCGCAGGCACCGGCGGGUGCAUUCCGGGGAGACCCCCUUCACUUGCUCCGAGUGUGGGAAGGGGUUUGGCACGUCGUCCAACCUGCUGAGCCACCUUGUCACCCACACCGACGAGAGGCCGUUCAAGUGCGCCGACUGUGGUGGUGCUUUCAAAAGCCCCGGGGACCUCAGGAUCCACCGGCGAGUUCACUCCGGGGAGAGGGCUUUCGGCUGCCCGCAGUGCCCCAAGAGGUUCCGAACUCCUUCCGACCGCAGGAGGCACCAGCGGGUCCACACCGGGGAGAGGCCGUUCGUCUGCGCCGAGUGUGGGAAGGGCUUCAGCCAGGCUUCCGGGCUGCAGAGGCACCGCGUCUCUCACACCAGCGAGAGGCCGUACCGGUGCGCGGACUGCGGCCGAAGCUACAAGAGCUCCCGGGACCUGAUGCUUCACCAGCGGGUCCACACCGAGGAGAGGCCGUUCGGCUGCUUGCAGUGCGCCAAGAGGUUCAGGGGCUCGUCCGGCCUGCGGAGGCACCGGCGGGUCCACACCGGGGAGAGGCCGUUUGCCUGCUCCGAGUGCGGCAAGGGCUUCAACCAGUCGUCCAGCCUCAGGACGCACCAGCGGCUCCACAGGCGCUAA